AUGUAUAACUAUCACCCUAACCCUAACCCUAAUAACGACUAUCCAAACCCUAGCCCCAAUGCCUACUAUCCAAAUGCCAACUCCAACUACAACGAGCACAACCAAAACCCUAACCCUAACAAAAAAUGCAGCUGCAUCUUCGUGGCGGUCUUCUGCACACUCAUCACUGCCGGGGCUCGCGAGCCCAAGUCCCCCGAAUUCUCCGUCUCGAGAUUCGAAGUCUCCGACUUCGAUCUCUCCUCCAAUUCUUUCACCUCCGAUUUCAACCUCUCCAUCGCCGUUCGAAACCCUAACAAGAAGUCGAGCAUCCGCUACGACGAGGUCCACGUCGCCGUCCUCUACAACACCGUAAACAUCAAGUCCGUCAUUGACACAAACGACGACUUGAUCGCCGAGACGUCGGUUGCCCCUUUCAAUCAGAGUGCUCGAGUUGUCACGAAUCUCGAGGCGAGUUGCGCGGUCGGGGUUUACACCGAUGACGAUAUCGUGAGCGCGAUUCGAUCGGAGCAGAGCAAGGGGGGUGGAGCGGUGACGUUCGGAGUCCGGUUCAUUUCGGUUGUGAAGUUCAAGGCCGGGGCUUGGAGGACGAGGAGGCACUAUUUGAGGGUUUAUUGCGACGAUAUUCGAGUCGGGUUGAAGAAUCUCACGGCUGGGGCUGGGGGGGGG